AUGUCGACUGAUGAAGUUAAUACUACUAUUGGUAGCAGAAUAAUUUAUCAACUGAUCAAUCUGAAUUUGUUCUCAACGAAUGACGAGACAGUAAAAGAUCAACGUUUAGCUACUCGACUUUAUGUCAUAUUGGUCGGUAUUGGUCUUAUCGUUGUUCUGCUCUUUUCUGGCUUUAGCAUACAAACAAAUGUAAUCACUGUAUACGGAAAUCCUCUCUCACUCUCCUUUGUUGAACGUUUGCAGUAUCACUAUUCAACAACUCUUUCUUGUCCAUGCACACAAACAUCAAUUCGUCGCGACAAGUUUUUAUCAUUAAUGCCCGAAUAUGCUCCNUCUUGUCCAUGCACACAAACAUCAAUUCGUCGCGACAAGUUUUUAUCAUUAAUGCCCGAAUAUCAUCCAAUCUGUUCAAGUAUUUUAAUACAAUCGGAAUGGAUCGAAUCAUUAUUUCAAACAAAUAAUAGAAUUCGCUAUUAUCAUCCUCUUGACUUUCGAUUGAUAGCUUCAUCUCAAUUCGAAACUCUCGCCUUAUUAUGUCGCACAGUAUCGAGUUUUAUCAAUGAUCAAAUAUACGGUGAGUUUGCAUCGAUGUUAAUGAUUUCGCCACAACUAUCAACACGUCUUAUAUUCGAAACAGAAGUUUACGAUAUUGUUAAACAAUUUCAACUCAAUAUAGUCACAUCCUUAGUGCGCACUAAUCGACUAUUAAAUACAAUGUUGGAACAGAAUUUAAUUAUGUCGGCAUUGAAAACUAACUUUUUCACAACAAUGAUUCCAGGUUCUCGUGUUUUUGAUACUUAUUGGGUGAUAUAUCCGACGGAUACUACGACAAAUGAAACUGAUCCAUUUAGUACAUCCGUUCCUUCUUGUGCAUGUGCCUCAACAUUUGAAUGCACAUUUCCUGUUGGUAUAUAUGAUGAACAACCACGGAAUGGUCUUGGUGGCUUGAUUUUACCUCAACCUCCACCAGUUGCAGUCAUUCCUGGUCUAUUAACCGGUUGUACACCGAGUAGUUCGAUACUGCAGUCGACUUUAGAAUGUUUUUUCAAUCGAUCAUGCUUGAAUAUGCUCGGUGAACCUUUCAAUGAAACUCUUGUACUAACAGAAUCACGUUUUUCAUCCAACACAACUGUGAAUGCACUUUUUACAGAAUUGUUUCUGGAAUAUUUACACAAUACUAGUGAUUAUAUCAGCUAUUUUGACGAAUGUGCUCCUUCAAUGUGUACUUAUAUCUAUUCACGACGAUUUGAUGUGCUUCAUAUGGUCACAAUGGUUACCAGUAUCUUUGGCGGUCUGUGUGUCAUCUUUCGAUUGUUAUCGCCAUUGCUUAUUAAAUUCUAUCGACGAGUAACACGAGUACGAACUAGAACCGAACAGUUGGAAGAAGCAGAAGAAAUCUAUCCAGGAAUAUCGAUUCGUCUUCUUCAAAUUUUUCGUCUAGUUAAAGAAAAAGUUCUCACAUUUGAUUUAUUCGAAUCCGAUAAUAUUCAUCUUGGGAUAAUUUCAACUCGUGUCUAUAUUAGUUUAUUGCUUAUCGGAGCAACUAUAUUUUCAAUUUACACAUCAUUGGCAACUGAUAUGUAUACUAUCACGAUACGUUCACCAACUCUAACUGAAUAUGAAAAUGCCGAACUAUUGUAUUCGUCAAAUUUAAUAUGUACCUGUUCGGAUCUUUCUAUUAAAUACAAUGAAAUCAUGAAUAUUCAGGUAAAAUAUCAUCAAGUAUGUUCAAGUGCAUUUAUAACCGACAUCUGGUUGGCCUACUUUGAUCUAGGUCCUAAGGCUGCUCUCUNUAAAGUCAAGACCAUAAGUAAUCUGCUUAAAACUGGUAAUCUAGUGUUGGUGGGGAAGUCGCACGCCAUUUGA